CAAUCAUUCGAUUUCCCCUUGAAAUGUCAUUUUAUAUUUACCAACAAUAACUGUGAAUGGUAAUUUUCCCAAUUGUUGGGUAAUAUUGUAAUACUCAGCAUAGCUCAUUGAACUUAGAUUUAAUAAACAAAAUAUGAAAGGGUAACCGUGACAACUGCACCAAAAUGUUCAUCUCUCGAUCGAUACCCCGACUGCUGAAAAACAGUGCCAGUGUGAAUGCCUUCACGAGGCAAAACUUCUGUGCUGAGGCGUUGAACACUGCGACAGUUCCCACAGUCCGAAGCAUCAAAGACAAGUGGAUAUCACGAUUCCAAACCGAGAACAUACCGGAAGCGGAUGCAUCUAUAACCAACAUUUUGGCACACGUCCUCAAGGUGCAGUGUCUCAGCGAUGUGAACAACCGUCACCAGGAAACGAAGCUGGACGAAUCCCAACUAGCGAAAAUCGAUGAGCUAUGCGAGUGCCGGCUGGCUCGGAUGCCGAUUCAGUAUAUCAUUCACGAGUGGGAGUUUCGCGAUCUCACGCUGAAAAUGAUCCCUCCGGUGUUCAUUCCUCGACCGGAAACCGAGGAGUUGAUAGAGCUGAUAUUACAACAGAUUGACGCCGAGAAGGAACUGAAGUUCCUGGAGAUUGGCUGCGGAACGGGAGCCAUCAGCCUGUCCAUAUUGAAGCACGUCCCGAAGGCCUCAGCGAUCGCCCUGGACCAAAGCACAUUGGCCUGCGAGCUAACUCUGGAAAAUGCCACACAGCAUGGCUUGACCGAGAAUCUACGCAUUUUCCGACACAAGCUAGUCGACAAACUUCCUACCGAGCUCGAAAGCCACAAGUUCGACAUGAUCGUCAGCAAUCCGCCGUACGUUCCUUCCAAGCAGUUGCUCGCUUUGGAGCCGGAGAUUAAAAUCUACGAAGACCUGCGGGCGCUCGACGGCGGUCCCGACGGAUUGACCGUGGUCAAAGCAAUACUAGACAUAGCGGGAAGGCAUUUGGAGCCCUCUGGCGUACUGUGGCUGGAGGUGGACAGUUCGCAUCCUCCGUUGAUUGAAAAGUAUUUGGAAGAGGCGGUUCCACAGUUAGGUUUGAAAUUUAUGUCGUCCUACAAGGACCUGUUUCGCAAGGAGCGAUUCGUAGAAAUAAUGAAAGUUUAAACAUGUUUCAAUGCAAUUGAAAAAUAAAUGCUUUAUGUUGAUGAUUCACAGUUAUAGCUAA